AUGAGUGAUCGCGUUGCACACCCACUCCUCAUCAGCCUUGCAAAUAUUUACAUGAACACCCAAGUUAAAUCAUCAUCCAACUCUUUCAUGCUCACUGCCCUACUGGCAGUUCGAAAGUUCCUUGAUAAGAAUAAGGGCUUGCAUGGUGUAUUGGGGGAUUGCGUCAUUCAUCAAUGGCUAGAUAUUGUGUUAAAAGCGCUUAAGGAGGCCACUGUACAUGGCAUAAUGCUCUUGGAUCCCAUGAGACAGAGCGACUAUUGUUUCACUCAACUUGCAAGUUAUAUUGUCGAUACUCGCGAAGUGAUGAUGUUAGCCUGCGUUGGUGGAAAGACCUCUGCGGUCACCAUGGGCAUGUACAAACAAUUUGGAGAUUGCUUUCACUAUGAAUGUCGCACAGCAUCAACCACUCUUGCACAAAUAUAUCUACAUGGGUUCUUUUGUGAAGCGCGAAAAUUGCACUGGAACGGUGUCUUUGAGGCAUUUUUGUGGGACUGGGUGGUUACAGAUCCCUCACACCUGUUCAGACCUGAGACACUCCAUGUGCUUGAUAAGAAAAUUUUGGAUCACGACACAAAAUGGGUAAUGUUUGCUGUUGGGGAGUUGGAGAUAGAUUUACAUUUUUCUGUUUUGCAAGCUGUCACGAGCUUUUGGGAUUUUGCAGAAGGAAUCUCAAAAGUCAAAGAGGUGACUGGUUGCUGUCAGCGAGACAUCCAACAUUCUAUUGUUGCAGUUAGUGCAGAUGCAGCACGGCAUGGAGUUCUUGUUGAAAGAUUGUGA